AUGGACUCUGAUGAAGAAGACAUUCCCCACAAGAUCAAAUCCACCUUCCCGGAGGAAGUACGACACCACUGCCCUCCGAAACCCCCAGAAGAGACAUACACCUUACAGCAGGCCAUUGAUAGGAUUGGAUUUGGAAAGUUCCAGAUGAAGCUGUCCGUUCUCACUGGAUUUGCCUGGAUGUCCGAUGCUAUGGAAAUGAUGAUUCUGAGUAUCCUCUCCCCUGCUCUCCAUUGUGCUUGGGGGUUGACUGGAAUAAAGCAGGCCCUCCUCACUACCAUUGUCUUCUGUGGAAUGAUGACGAGUUCCAGUCUAUGGGGAAGUUUCUGUGAUAAAUAUGGACGAAAGCUGGCUCUGAUUGCCUCGUCUCUGUUCACCUGUUACUUUGGUAUCCUCAGCGCCUUCUCACCUACGUUUAUUUGGAUGCUUGUCUUACGUGGGCUUGUGGGGUUUGGCAUUGGAGGUGCACCACAAGCAAUCACCCUGUAUGCUGAAUUUCUACCCAGCAGUACUCGAGCUACGUGUGUCCUAUUUAUAGAGGUCUUCUGGGCUAUUGGGGCUUGUUUCGAGGUGAUGCUUGCUCUCUUCAUCAUGCCUGUUCUUGGAUGGAGAUGGUUACUGGUUCUCUCUGCUGUUCCACUUUUAGUAUUUUCUGCUUUCUGUUUAUGGCUUCCGGAAAGUGCCAGGUUCGAAAUCUGCCGUGGAAAUGCUGAGAAGGCUGAGGAAACGAUUCAACGGAUUGCCAAAGACAAUGGUAAACCAACGUUACUGGGCCGGCUGAAGGAGUGCGAGACCCAGGCAGAACAAGUAAAUCGAGGCAGUAUAUUGGACACUUUAAAACCAGACAUGCGUUUAACUACAAUACUACUGUGGCUGGUGUGGUUUUCCAACAGCUUCUGUUAUUUUGGUGUAAUUCUGAUGACCACCGAACUAUUUGAGUCUGGCAGUAACUGUGAUGUUGGUAACAAGACUGUAUUCAGGGCUGAGCCUCACUGUCCACUGGAGUGUAAGAUGUUGUCCAAGGGUGACUACAUUGACCUUCUCUGGACAACCAUUGCUGAAUUUCCUGGUUUGUUUCUCACAAUCCUUGUCAUUGACAAAAUCGGCAGAAAACUCACAAUCGGCGGAGAAUUCAUCAUAUUCAGUGUUUUUAUGUUCUUCGUCAAUAUCUGCACCACAAGGGAGGUGUUAAUAUUUUUCUUGUUUGUGGCCAGAGCUUUCAUCUCCUCAGCCUUCAUGGGGGCUUACGUCUACACACCAGAGAUUUAUCCAACGUCCAUGCGAGCCAUUGGUCUGGGAGCAUGUAGUACUAUGGCUCGUAUCGGGGCCAUAAUCACACCUUUCAUAGCUCAGGUGAGUUCCUUGUUUCACAGUGGCAACACAUCAGCAGAUUCAUUGUUUACUGUCUGA